UUUUCACACACAGAGUAGUUGGUAUCUGGAAUGAGCUUCCAGAGGGGGUGCUGGAGGCAGGAGCAGCAACAACACUUAAGAAGGAUCUGGACGGGUACUUGAUGAGCAGGGCAUGGAGGAAUAUGGAAUUAAUGCAGGUUUUGAAGCUAUGUCCAACCCAAGCUGGGUCCUGCCAAAGGACGUUGAUAACUCCGGUCAUGUGCCAGCCAGGAUGGAGACCAUGACUUCAAUCACCAACCCCAGUAUUUCUGUAUCAACUCAACAAACCCCCAAAAAGUUUGCACCUGUGGUAGCUCCGAAACCCAAGUUCAACCCCUACAAGCAAAAUGGGCAGCCCAUGGCUCAGGUGGUAGCUGAAGGGGAGUUUCCACCACCACCUCCGAGUGUUGAAGGAUUAAGCCAGAUCCCUGUGGAAUUCCCGCCUCCACCAAAAUUGGAUCAUUAUGAAUCAAGUGCAUCUUCUGAUGGGCAGCCAGGGAAGAGGAGCCUGGAGGAGAGGCGCUCGAGCCUGGAUGCGGAGAUAGACUCACUGACCAGCAUCUUGGCUGAUCUAGAGAGCAGUUCACCAUAUCAGCCUCGGCCUCGCCAGAGUCACGGAGUGUCAAGUGGCAGCUCCUCAGCUGUCCAAGCGCCGGUAACCACGGCCGCCCACAGCCCCGUGAUUGGGCACCAGAGGAUGGUCAUCCCCUCUCAGCCACUUCUGACGGCCACCAAGAAGACCACGGCCAAGCCCCACACCUCCCCGGGCAUGGCACCAGCCCCGAAGAGCCCUCCGCAGCCUGUCCCAGCCUCCUACACCACAGCCAGCACCCCUGCCCAGCCUGCCUUCAAUGUGCAGGUCAAAACGGCACAGCCCAAUCCCAACUUCAUGCCCCCGGGAGCCCAUCCACCCGGUCCAGACCUGAUGUCUUCGCUGCAGCAGCAGUACAAUGUGCAGCCGAGCCGGUCUCCCCUCCAGCAGCCUCGCUCCACGGACCCCGGCCACAGAUCUGCCCCGGCGUGGUGUCCUGACCCAGGUUACGGUUACACUCCAGCAUCGCGCUACCAGGACCCCCAGCCCAUGGCACCAGCGUAUGGAGGGGGAUAUACUGGAGACCCAGCCUACGGCACUCAGCAGCCCCGGAGGCCAGAGGCAGCCUACAGCCCCAUCGCUCCUGGACCCGGUGCCUACCGCCAGCCUGCUCCCUCCAAGAAGCCCUACGUCAUGGAACCAGUGCCAGCAGCUCCUCUGCACCAACUUAAGAAUGUCUACCAGCCUCUGGCUCCGGCUCCGGCUCCUGCUCCAGUUCCAGCUCCGGCUCCAGUUCCGGCUCCUGUUCCAGUUCCUGCAUCAAAUGCCCCUGCUCCAAGACCAGAGGAUGAGCUUGACCGUCUGACAAAGAAGAUGUUGUUUGAUAUGGAGCAUCCACCAUCUGAUGAUUACUUUGGGCAAUGUGUCCGGUGCGGAGAGAGUGUGGUCGGGGAAGGAGCUGGCUGCACGGCCAUGGAACAAGUCUUCCACGUGGAUUGCUUCACCUGUGUGACGUGCGGUCACAAGCUGAGAGGGCAGGCCUUCUACGCGGUGGAGAAGAGGUCAUACUGUGAGCCCUGCUACAUUCGCACCCUGGAGCAGUGCAGUGUGUGCUCCCAGCCGAUCAUGGACCGGAUCCUGAGAGCCACCGGCCGGGCCUAUCACCCCCAGUGCUUCACCUGUGUGGUCUGUCACCGCAGUCUCGACGGCAUCCCCUUCACCGUGGACUCCACCAACCAGAUCCACUGCAUCCAGGACUUCCACAAGAAAUUUGCACCACGCUGUUCUGUGUGUGGUGAGGCCAUCAUGCCUGCUGAGGGUCAGGAGGAAACAGUGCGCAUUGUGGCUCUCGACCGGGACUUCCACGUCCACUGUUAUCGCUGUGAGGACUGUGGCACCCUGCUGUCGGACGGUGACACACAAGGAUGUUACCCCCUGGAUGGACACAUCUACUGCAAGCCAUGCAACGCCAGGCGCAUCCAGACUCUGACGGCCAAGGCUACCACUGACCUGUGAGCCCACUGACCAGCAGCUCCCAGCAGGACCUGCAUCCUGCUGGGAGCUGGAAUCUUACCAAAGAUCCACCAGCUGCACUUUCUCUUUACGCCUUCACCUUCUCACUUUUGAUGAUCUUCACUCACGCUGCCUGUCAGUCUGAGCCUCUGUCACUGCCCAGAGCUGCUGUGUGGGCCACGAACCAGGAACUGUUGGUGCCUGCCCCGGGAACAACAGCCGACUCGUGCCCAUUCAUCACCCAUCUGAAUAGACAGGGAGAGCACUGAGCCUGAGCUUGGGUCAGGCUGAUGCGCAAACCUUGCCUUGUCUCAUCGUGAGGUGGCAGCAGAGUCUCUCCUUCAUCCACAUGCACCAACCCAUCUCGCUCUCUCUCUCUCUUCCCCCCCACACCCUCCAACUUCCUCCACUGAAAUUUCCUGCCACUCAGCAAUGCUUGAGUUCAGUGUGUUCAGUGGCACAACCCUGCAGUGGGUUCCUGGGAUGAUGGGUGUCUCAGGGUUAGGCAGGGAGCUGCGAUCGGUCGAGGACUGGCUACCUCUCCUCCGGAACAAACCCCCAACAAUCAUCUGCUUCCACCUCCUGCAGCGCCUGGGAGCAAACUCCCUCCCCGUUCCCUGGUGCCAUUGACACAGUCAUUAACCCGGCUUCAGUGAACAGGCUGACGAUAGGUUGGAGCUCAGCUACUGGGUUCUGGGCGACCUUGGUUCUGUGGUGUAGUUGCUGUAAGUUUCCCACUCCACUCCCACAGGGUGUUCAUUGGAGGUGAGAUGUAACAUUGUACCAGAACCAGGGUCUCAAUGCUGGAGAUUUGGGCAGCAAAACAUUGAGAGAAGUGUUGAGGCAAAGACCAGUAGGAAGGGGUGCCUGAUGUACUGUAUCCCAGCAGGAAGGGGGGGGUGCCUGAUGUACUGUAUCCCAGCAGGAAGGGGGGGGGUGCCUGAU